AUGUUAAAACUUCGCCAGCUACAAAAGGAGAAGCAAAAGCAGAAAGUAUCAGAAAGUGAUGGACUAAGCAACAAACCCCUAAAUACAGCUUCGUACUCAAGUUCCAGCCCUUCUCAGUUACGCAUCGAUAAAGACCUCAUGCACCUAGAGUUGCCCCCAUGUGCUACAAUUGACACGCAGAGGCUAAAAUCAGAUAACAUAAUUCGGCUGUCCAUAUCUCCUGAUGAGGGCUACUACAAAGGAGGUCGUUUCAGUUUUUCCAUCAGUUUUAAAGACACUUACCCUAUGGAGCCGCCAAUCGUAAAAUGUCUCAAUACCAUAUACCACCCAAAUAUCGACUACAAUGGUAGCAUAUGUCUAAACGUACUUCGAGAGGACUGGUCUCCUGUAAUGGAUUUACAAACUGUAGUGAUCGGCCUAUUAUUCCUGUUCCUAGAGCCAAACGGUAACGACCCCCUUAAUAAACAUGCCGCCGAAACACUAAUAAAGGACGAACAGCGUUUCCAGAUGAAUGUAACUUCAAGCAUGAUGGGCCGGACAGUGAACGGGCAAGUCUGCGACUUCGUGCUACACUAG